CUGAUUGGAACGUGCGUGUUGAUCGGCGAUGUUGUGCCGUGAAUUUCCACGAAACAGAGAUUGAAACUUCACAGUGAGUACAGAGAGAAGAGCGGAAGGACUGCUAUAAAUACGGUCGAUUUGCAAACGUCACAGGAGUUGUAUACUCGUAUGCCGGAUGUGCGAUGUUUGUCAUGAAACGAAGAUAAGCACCGAGGAUAUACCUGUUCUAUUCCAUUCUAGAAAAGGAAAUGCUUGAUCUAGAUACUGUGAGAACUACCUCGCUUAUUAACUUAAGAGACGUAAUACAAAAAAUCAUGUCAAUGAUCUUCGUUCAGUAUCUACCUUGUACUUCAAAAUAUCUUCUAAUAUCGAAUAGAAAUUCGUACCAGAAGAAAAUUCCUACGAAGCUUUCCAACUAAUUGAAGGAACUUGUCAUAGAUAUAUCAGAUGUAUCGAAUUCUUUAAAUACUGACACACGUGAAAAUACGCUCGAAGGAACAAAGGAGGAUAAGUUCAUAUGACAAAAGAGUCCGUAUAUGCAAUUGAGACUAAAAAGUUACGUUUUCGUAUGGCCAGGCAUACGCAUUUUUUCUCCUGAAAAAUGUGUCCAAAUCGUGAUCUUCUAUCCAAAAAGCACGGAUAGAUCAUAAAACAGCAAUAAGGCACGAUAUCGCGAUGUUCUCACUUUUGCGUAGGUUAAAGAUCCUGUCAUUGGUGUCUGUCAACGGAACAACGCGUUCCACGUUAAUCAAAUCGGAUAUUGGAAUGGUAUUUUCAACGAGCGUAAAUGUAACCGGUUUCUUGGACGAGAAAAAAAGAAAUUGGAGCACAGGGUAUCGUUGGCACAGCAGCAAAGGUUGGCUCAAUGAUAUUUCAAGAUACGAAUCGUCGAAUGGAAAAUUGCUCGCGAUAAUUGGAGGUAUAAAAUUCUCUUUUUUUUCACGAGAUAUAAGCGACUCGUUAUUAGAGAGAUAUUACAAUAGAACGAUCGUGCUAUCGACAUGACAACGAUACAUGAGAUUUAAUUUCCUUUUAAAGAUUCUAAUAAAAGGGUCUCUGGGCGUAUUUCGUUUGAACUUUGUCAUUAUCGGUUUGUAACGUGUGAGAUGCCUGUUGGCAAAUGGUCUUGUCUAAAGCUGCGGCGGUAUUCCGUGCAACAACUACUAUCCGUGUUUCAUUCAAAGAACUAAGUGUUCUGUAUGACAAAAAGGAUUUCGUAUAAUUUCUGUCAUGAAAAUGCAACACGUUCACCGUUUGAAUAAUUGUCUACGCAAGAAAUUAUCUCUUUCUCGAGGAAGUUACCAAAACUGUCUGUUUAAAAUUCAUACAUAGCAAGACUGCAAAAAGUUUUACGGUUCUGACCGUGUUGCAGGAUCUCGCGUAAUUCGUUAGCAUAAAUAGCAAGGUUUCUAUUUUAACGUAACAGAAGUCGACUUUUUGUGUAUUGCAACCAUUUUCGGGAGAUCGAAAAUAUUCACGGUUUUCGUAUGAAAGGGAAGUCUUAUAACUCCGACGUUCUCCAGUUAAAGUUCGUUUCAGAAAGAAAUAGGUACACGAGCAGUCGUAAAUAUCGCUGUGAAAUGAAGACGUACAUCGAGAGAAGAGGUUUCUUGCUCGACAGUGGAUCGUCGAUCUUUUCGCAGUUCCCUUUGGCGCCAAUCUACCACUCUUGGAAGUUCUCCAAGGAAUUUUGUCCUUCGGCGGAAUACCAUAGUUCAUCCAUGCAGAAGUUGUCGAAUUCGAUGUUAAAGUUUCAUUCUUUCACGGAAAAUCCAUCUUACCAGAAGUCUGCAUGUAAAAAUUUAUGGAGAUCGAGAGAUCUAUCCGAAGCAAUAUUUUGUUCCAUGAGCUUUCGUAACUAUUCCUCCUCCAAAGAACCUCCUUGCGAUAAAACAUUGAAAUCGGAUGAUUGCGAUGGGACAACAAUCAAAGAUGUUUCUAAGGAUUGCUAUUCAAAGUUUGACGAAGAUACGCAAGAAUGUCCAAAAUCUUCGAGAAAAUGUCAACUACCAGUUGAGGAUGAUUGCGAAGAGCACUCACCGUUCCCUUGUCCGGACGUAAAAGAUUAUUGUUCUACAGGUCAAAAAGAUAAAGAUACCGAGAAGAAUGCGUCGUACUUUAUCGUUUUUAAUCAAUUCCUAACUGUCAUGUCAUUCUUGAGACGACAGCUUUUUUUUUAUCUAUUCCACGAUAUACAUAUUGUGUAACACCUGUAUUAUGAUGUUAUCUUAAAGUAUAUACGUAUAUAAAAAUUAUUAAAAGUUGACUCACUUUAGCUAGCAGCUGAAGUUUCAU